AUGUUCCUCCUCCUCGCCGUCCUCCUGCUCGGGGGCUUCUUCCACUUCCUCUGGAAAGCGGAAGCAUCCUCCAACGAGCCCUGGAUACCCGACACGGGCGCCCGCCUCUUCGCACAGCAACCCCUCCUGCCGCCCGCGCCCGAGACGAGCAUUACAACAUACUCGCUGCCCCUCCGAACGAGGGGCCGUGACAUCGUCGACACCAACGGCCGCCGCUUCCAGCUCGCCAGCGUCAACUGGUAUGGCGCCUCCGACGAGCUCUUCAUCCCCGGCGGCCUCGACGUCCAGCACCGCUCCGUCAUCGCAAAGACAAUACGUAAGCUUGGCUUCAACAGCGUGCGCAUGCCCUACGCCGACGAGCUGGUGAUCCGUAACCCCCUCAUCUUGCCCCACCUGCUGACGGCGAACCCGGACCUGGUCGGCCUGCGCGCCAUGGACAUAUUCGACGCGUGCGUGCGCGCCCUGACCGACGAGGGCAUCGCCGUCAUAAUCAAUAACCACAUCACUCACGCCACCUGGUGCUGCGGGGCCGACCCGUGCGACGCGGGCUGGGCCAACGACCACCUCGGCCCGCUGUGCCGGAUCAAGCAGACUGAGGAGGAGUGGAUAGAGCACUGGGAGGCGGUGAUGGCGCGCUUCCUGGACGACCCUUACGUGAUCGGUGCCGACCUGCGGAACGAGGUGCGCGGUGUCUGGGGCACCAUGUCGUGGGACCGGUGGGCGACGGCGGCCGAGCUGGCGGGCAACAGGCUGCUGAAGAUGAAGUCGGACUGGCUGAUAAUCGUGGGCGGCACCGAGUCGGGCAACGACCUGUCCGGGGCGCGCGCGCGGCCCGUCAAGCUCGACGUUGCCGAAAGGGUGGUGUACAGCGCGCACGUGUACGCUUGGUCCGGGUGGGGCAGCAUGGAGGGCCGCUUCUCGAAACGGGCAUACCCGUCGUUCGUGAGGGCCAUGCAGGCGAACUGGGCGUACCUGGUCGACGACGAUGUCGCGCCCGUCUGGAUCGGCGAGUUUGGCGCGCCGCAACACCCGGGCCAGGGCGACGCCAACUACUGGGGCAACCUGCUGCGCUACCUCAAGGAGAUCAACGCCGACUUUGGCUACUGGGCCAUCAACCCGCGCAAGCCAAAGGACGACAAGAAGGAGACGUACUCGCUCGUCGAGGACGACUGGGUGACGCCGGUGCUGGAUUACCGGAUGCGGGAUAUGACAGAGCUCAUGCGGGCCUAG